AUGAGUCCUCUUCGUCUUGAUGACAUUUCUGAUGACCUUUUGGUUCCGGCAGAUCGUGUCGAAGGCCGGACAUGCCCUCUGUUCGAGCCGAACUCUGGCUCCCCUCUGCAGCCAACCGACCUUUCCUGCCGAAGCAGCCAAGUUGCCCACUUUGUGGAGUCACUCGAGACUGCCAGAUUCUUUCGGAGCCCGAAGCAGAGGCUCCCUCCAAAUCCCAGUUUCCCCUCAGCAGCCCUCCUGGCAACGGCAGCCACCCUCGGUCAUAGGCUAUCCGCUUCGCCCAACAUGUCGACCCAGUUGCUCGUGAGUCGCACCAACUCCGACUUAGGUCACAUGCCCGUUGGCUGA